AUGAAUCAGCUCUCACAGCUUGUUAGCUGGAUCUCUUGUUUUCAUGCCCUCACCCCAGGAAACACCAAGUUACAGCUUUUCCAGCUCUCCUCAGCAGGGGGCCAGGGUCCUCACUUUAUAAACAUCCCCAUGCCUGCAAGAGCAGAGGGCAUAGAAUGGUGUGAGACAAGAGCCCAGGGGAGACAGACUAAGAGGGAAGACAGAAGUAGAGGAGACAAGACAGAGUAAGCUAACCCUGCAGGAAUGGCACUUCGGCAGUGGACAGGGAGAACUAGGGGGACCCCAAGAAGCUGGGGAACCAUCUGUUUGGUGAUUUCACUCCUCUUGCAACUGCAAGGAGCUCACAGCAAAUGCUACUUUCAAGCUCAAGCUCCGUGUCACUAUGAGGGGAAAUAUUUUACCCUGGGUGAAUCCUGGCUCCGAAAUGACUGUUUCCACUGUACCUGCCUACAUCCCGUUGGUGUGGGCUGCUGUGAUACGUCCCAGCAUCCCAUCGACUUCCCAGCUGGGUGUGAGAUACGACGAGAGGAAGGGACCUGCCACAUCUCCCUGGUACAAAAAUCUGCCCCUCACCUGCCCUGCAGAGGAGGCCCCCCAGAUCCUGAAUGGGGCUCAGCCAACACCCCUGACUCUGGGGCCCCAGGACCACGUCCCAGUUAGGUUCCACUGACCAUCCACUUUGCUGC